CUCUACAUUUGCUCAGGUAUAAAAGGAAAACGUUUAGCCAGGUAGGAAUGCAGUACAGGAGCAACACAACCACUCAUCAGCAGCCAACAUGAGCAACAUGAACAUGAGGGGCAAGAUCAUCUUCUAUGAGGACAAAAACUUCCAGGGUCGUCACUAUGAGUGCAUGAGUGACUGUGCUGACAUGUCCUCCUACAUGAGCAGGUGUCACUCUUGCAGGGUGGAGAGCGGCUGCUUCAUGGUCUAUGAUCGCCCCAACUACAUGGGAAACCAGUACUUCUUCAGGAGAGGAGAGUACGGUGACUACAUGAGCAUGAUGGGCUGGAAUGACUGCAUCAGGUCCUGCCGUAUGAUCCCCAUGUACAGAGGAUCCUACAGGAUGAGGAUCUACGAGAGGGAGAACUUUGGUGGUCAGAUGCAUGAGUGUAUGGAUGACUGUGACUCUUUCAUGGACCGCUACCGCAUGUCUGACUGCAUGUCCUGCCAUGUGAUGGAUGGUCACUGGCUGAUGUACGAGCACCCCCACUACAGAGGCAGGAUGAUGUACAUGAGGCCUGGAGAGUACAGGAGCUUCAGGGAGAUGGGAUAUGGAGGCAUGAGGUUCAUGAGCAUGAGGAGGAUCAUGGAUUCCUGGUACUAAAUGUGUAUUCUUGAAUAUCAAUUAAAUUUUUCCAAACUA